CUCAGCAGCAUUCAUUGGAAUCAUUGGAGGAAGUGUAGCGCUCGUAAUUGGAAUACCUUUCAAUGCGACGACAAUCUAUACAUUGAUACGUACCAAAAAACUCCACAAUAUAACAUACUUUUUAAUGGGAUAUAUAUGUGUCUGCGAUUUGACACUCUCUUCUUUCAGUAUACCAAUCGUAAUAAUAGCUGACGUUUCUAAAAAAUGGAUUUUUGGACAAUUAUUUUGUGAAUAUUUCUCCUUCAUAAAUAACAACUUAGUUGGGAUUCAACUUCAGACUCUUCUUUUAGUCUCGUUAAAUCGUUGUUUCCUGAUGUGCCUCCCAAAUGUGAAUCAGGUUUUGUUCAGUAAAAUGGGACUAACAAUACUUUCGAUGCUAACGUUUAUAUUAAGUACUUUCGUACUCUUCUGGCCACUACCACGAUUAUGGGGAAGAUACGGCUAUAGCCCUCUCAAAAAUUCAUGCACAUUUCUAGAUAUUGGAGAUGGCUUCACCGCCUUUGCGACCAUGAUGGCUUUCGGAUUCCCCAUAACAGGGAUCGUGAUAUGCUAUUCCUGCAUUUUUAUCAAGGUCAGAAAUCACCAACGAAAUAUCUCAAAUCGUUUACAUUUAAAUGAAUUGAAAAACCCACAUAAGGAUUUAAAUGACCAUGAAGCCCCGAAACAGGAGGGUCAAUUGAAGAAGCAGAAGAAAUCAUCAUUCAAUAAGGAAUUAAAGAUGACGAAAAUGAUGGUUGCUGUGAUAGGUCUAUAUAUCCUUUGUUACAUGCCUAUUAUGUUUACAUUGGCCAUCGACAAGAACGUGAAAGCACCAGCGAUGCAUCGACUUGGAGUUGUUUUGGUCUGGAGCUAUGGAAUUUUGAAUAACAUUAUUUUUCUUCGCAUGAACUCGCUUUUUAGGGACGCUUAUUUCACACAGUUUGAAAUACUCAGGUGUAGAAAAUAUUGCCAAGUGACGGGAACAGAUAUCGAUGGACAGAGCCAGACACAGAGUGUUACACAAGCAGUAUCGCAUCAAUAAAAUACAAAAUGUUCCCAAGAAAAUAAGGAUGUGUUUUCAUAUGCAAAAUUAAUGGAAAUCAUGAAUUUAACAUGGAAAAGUUGAAAUGUCCCUAAAAACAACAGGAGAUUUUGUGAAAACUAACGGAGAAAAAUCGCCUGUUGCCUGCUGCUAGUGAAACCCCUGGGACAGGGACUUUGGC